CUGGAGAAUAUUUGUGGGGAACGGAAAUCAGUCCACGACUGGUCAGUUCACACUAUAAAUUGCGUCCCACCGCGGGGUUCUGUUCUCCAACUUCUUCCUUAGCACACCCUCCAUCUCCCUCAUCGGCUACAUAAUGGCAUUUGCACGCGAAGUCUGCCUGAAGACCUUCCCACUGAACAAUGGCACGCAUAUCCCCGCUGUCGGACUAGGCACAUGGCAAGGCUCCGGUUCCCAGGUCGACAAUGACAAGCUGCGCGACUCGAUUAUCCACGCUCUAGGAAACGGCUACCGGCUCAUCGAUACGGCACAAUACUACUUUGUCGAGGAUGUUGUCGGCGAAGCGGUGCGGGCAUCGGGAAUCCCCCGCUCAGAAAUCACCGUCAUCACCAAGUUCUGGAGCGACUGGCACCACGAUCCGGCUGCUGCGCUUGAAAAGUCGCUCGAUGCGCUGGGGCUAGAGUACAUUGAUAUUUUCCUCAUGCAUUGGCCGUGCGCGAGUACACCCGACAAUAAAGGUGUGUUGCGUAUCGACGAGUCUCCGACGUUUGUGGAGACGUGGAAGAAGAUGGAGGCGUGUGUCGGAGACCGAUGUCGCGCGAUCGGAGUCAGCAAUUUUACGCAGAAGACGCUUGAUACGCUGUUGGCUGAGGCGACGAUCGUUCCUGUCGUGAAUCAGGUCGAGUUACAUGCAUUUAACCCCAAUCAUCGUCUAGUGCCGUACUGCCAGGAGAAGGGGAUUCACGUCAUGAGCUGGAGUACAAUGGGCGGAGGUGCCGAGCAUAGUAGUCGACUAGGCCAAAUCCUCACCCAUCCUGUCUUCCAGGAGAUAGCCGAACGGCAUGCAUGCUCAACGGGCGUCGUAUCCCUCUCGUGGGCGGUCCAGCGGGGGAUAACGGUUAUUCCGAAAAGCAGCUCGCUUGAUCGGCUUGACGAAAAUAUCAGGCUGGUUACCCUGGAUGAUACUGCCAUGGGCGUGUUGGAUAAUGCGCACCGGACUAUCGCCCAGGAGCGGAUUGCGGACAAUAUUCGGGCGAUGAAGCGCGUGGUCGAUGGGAAGGAAACUCUACUUGGGUGGACUGCGCAGGAUUUCGGAUGGGAGGAUGCGGAGGGGAAUUGGUUGACCUAGGAUCUACAUCGGUGCAGAGAUGGUCGAGUUGGUAUAGCCAGCACGCUCAUGUCUAGUUGGGGAAGGUGCCAAGGGUGCAGGUGCACGGCUUGGGUGGUUGUGAUUUCAUUCGCCUCACCGACCUCUUAAACAGCCAUUAACCCCAUCUAUAUCAUCAAUAUUCCUAUACAACAACACAAAUUGUAUCCUGUCCAUUCUUUCUAUCGCUCAGAAUAAUCCUCGGCGCGGCCCAUCCGGCGUAAGGCUGGUGUAUAUCAAGAGCCGAUAUCCGACUGUCGCAAUAUGGAAACAACGAACGUCGAGACAUCGGUGGCUGUUUCAAAGCUAAUCGGCCAGCUUCAAGGGACCCUCGUCGCAUGCUUGCUUCUAGGUUCGUGAUCAGCUCGAGUCUGGUGAUUCUAGCGCUGAAUGAAUCCCAACGAACAGAAUACGAACACGAGGCGCUCCGACAACUGACUCAUGCUCUCAACAACAUAAACAUCGACGCGCCACUCUUGCCCCCGGGCUCGUAUUCCCACUGCUUCCACGAUGAGCGAUCAGCGAUGAGCCUCAUAGAGCUUCCACCAGAGAUAAUCCUAGAAGUAGGAUCGCAUCUGGACCUGUGUUCUCUGAAUGCGCUCGUCCAAGCGGGGAAAUCCUUUGCCCAAAUACUCACACCGCAGCUAUACGAUGCCGGUCUCAGAUUGACCCCCGAUAUCGACGAGUGGCUCCAACAGAGGGUGAUGAAACCACGAGGCG